AUGAGGGCGGCGCGGAUCCCACCCUCCCGAGGCCGCUCGCUCCUCGUGCUGGUGAUGGCGGUGCUCCUUGCUGACUCUCUUGACGAGGAUUCCCUUUUUCACCCUGAGUGGGGCUUUGACUCGUACGAAAUCACCAUCCCCAGGAAGCUGAGCUUCCGGGCAGGAGAGCCGGGUGUGGUCAGUCCCGUGUCCUACCUCCUGCACUUAAAAGGCAAGAAGCAUGUCCUCCACCUGUGGCCCAAGAGGUUUCUGUUGCCCCGGCAUCUGCGUGUUUUCUCCUUCACAGAACACGGGGAACUGCUGGAGGAUCACCCCUAUAUACCCAGGGACUGCAACUACAUGGGCUCACUGGAAGGGGCUCAGGACUCUGGCGCUACUGUGAGUACGUGCAUGGGGGGUCUGCGAGGCAUACUGAACAUUGAUGGCGAGCAUUACCAAAUGGAGCCCCUCAAGGCCUCUUCCAGUUUUGAGCAUGUCGUCUAUCUCCUGAAGAAAGAGCACUUUAGCAAUCAGACCUGUGGCUUAACUGAUGAUGAAAUAGAACGGCAGAUGGCCCAGCAUGAAAAUACGGCUAGGGUGAGGGACUAUUCUGGAUCCUACAUGCACCCAAAGUACAUUGAACUGGCUCUGAUCUUUGAUCACAGUACGUAUAUGUACAGGAAGUUCAAUCUUACUCGAGUCAUAAAUGAUGCCAUUCUUCUGACGGGGAUUAUGGACUCCUACUAUCAAGAUGUCCAGUUGAGGAUACAUCUAAAAGCUCUUGAGGUAUGGACAGAUCAUAACAGAAUUUUUGUUGGAUUUCCUACUUUAGCUGAAGUUUUAGGCAGAUUUGUACUGUAUAGAAGAAGUGUGUUCAAUGCUCGGCUUCCAGCAGAUUGGGCUCAUUUGUAUGUUCAGAGAAGAUACACGGAUGCUCUUGCAUGGUCCUUUGGAAGAGUGUGUUCUAUGGACCAUGUCGGAUCAGCAAGUAGUAUUUUAGAUGCAAAUAUCCUUGGACCUGCCACUUGGACUUCUCAUGAAUUGGGCCAUGCUUUGGGAAUGGCACAUGAUGAAGAAUAUUGCCAAUGUAAGGGUAGGAAGAAUUGCAUCAUGGGCACAGGACGUACUGGGUUUAGUAACUGUAGUUAUGCCGCUUAUUUUAGAUACACAUCUUUGUCAGCCAAAUGUUUAAAUAAUAUCCCAGGACUAGGUUAUGUGGUUAAGAGAUGUGGGAACAAAAUUGUGGAAGACGAUGAGCAAUGUGAUUGUGGCUCAAAAGAAGACUGUCUAAAAGACCGAUGUUGCCAACCAAAUUGUAGGUUGAGGCAAGGUGUCAACUGUAGCUUUGGACUUUGCUGUCAUCGCUGUCAAUUUCGCCCCUCUGGAUAUGUGUGUAGGCAGGAAGAAAAUGAAUGUGACCUUGCAGAGUACUGUAGUGGGAAUUCAAGUUACUGCCCAAAUGACUUGUAUAAGCAGGAUGGAACCCCUUGCAAGUACAAAGGCCUUUGUUUCCGAAAGGGGUGUCGAUCCAGAUUUAUGCAGUGCCAAAGCAUUUUUGGACCUCAUGCCAGGGAGGCUCCUAAUCUGUGCUAUGAUGCAGUUAAUUCAAUAGGUGAUCAAUAUGGCAACUGUAGGAUUAAUGGAAUUGGUGACUUUACACCGUGUACCGGGGAGAAUUCAGUGUGUGGCAGGCUACAGUGUAUAAAUGUCAAAACCAUUCCUGAUUUGCCAGACCAUACUACUAUAAUUUCUACUCACUUGCAUGCAGAAAAUGUCAUGUGUUGGGGCACAGGGUAUCAUGUAUCCAUGGAACCCUUGGGGAUACCUGACAUUGGUGUGAUAAAUGAUGGCACAUCCUGUGGCGAGAACCGGGUAUGUUUUAACGGAACUUGUGUCGAUAUCUCAGUCCUGAAGUUUGACUGUCUGUCUAAGAAGUGCAAUGGCCGAGGCGUUUGCAACAACAGAAAAAGCUGCCACUGCACGUAUGGCUGGGCCCCUCCGUUCUGUGAGGAGGUAGGGUUUGGAGGAAGCGUUGACAGUGGGCCUCCAGGACCACUGAAAGUGGAGGCGCCAGCAUCAGUUCAGAUUGUCUCCUUUAUGCUACUGCGCCUCAUUUUGUUAGUUGCCUCAGUGAUUUUUGUGUUUUUCAGGCAAAUGAUAGUAAAGUGGUUAAAUCUCAAUCAGAAAAAAACACCACCAGGUAACACUCAACGUGAACCAUCUAAAGCAAAGACUGGAGCUGAAAUGUCCAACGUGAACACUGGAGAGGAAGAACCUACAAAACCCCCUGAAGAUAAACAACCCAAAGCAAAGAGUGUCAAGAAACCGAAGAAGCACGCAGGCAACCCCCAGUCAACCAGUAACAUGUGA